GAGGCAUUCCGAGUGGAAAAGGUCGUACACAGCAAAAAUGGCUGCUGCAGCGAGGAACGUGAGAUCUCUAAUGAAUAUUAGCCGUUUAAUGAUACAAAACACGGCAUGUAGAGCGAGUGCUGUAUCCAUGGUCUAUAAUAGACACUCUUCCAGUUUAAACAGAUGUCCUAAAUUCACAACAAAUCAGUUAUGUCAAGUGCAGCCACUGCAGAUACAGAAGCGAAAUGCUGCAGGGAAACCUGUGUACACAAUGGAUGAAGUGGAGAAGAGGAUUAUGAUUACCUUACAGUUAUUUGAUAAGAUAAACCCAGAAAAGCUGUCAUUGGAGUCACACUUUAUGAAGGAUCUGGGAUUAGACAGUCUUGACCAAGUAGAAAUAAUUAUGGCUAUUGAGGAUGAAUUUGGCUUGGAAAUUCCUGAUGAUGACGGAGAACAAUUAAUGACAGCAGCUAUGAUUAAACAAUAUAUAUGUGAUAAAGAAGAUGUAUAUGAAUGAACAAGAGGAGGAAAAAAAUCGUUAAAGACUACCAUUUCUGUGUUUUAAAGACCAACACAACUGGAAUAGAAAAAUAAGGACUUGUUCUUUAGAGACUUUGAAAUUAUAAGAGACUGAAAUCUUACUUGUAUAUGUUUGAUAUUACAAUAAUAAA